AUGUCUCAGAUUUCGGGAAAGGCGGCGACGUCGAUGCCGUCGAUAUCUUCAUCGCAAAGAAGAAACACAUUCAGCGGCGGCGGCGCUCGAGUUCAACGCGCGACGACGAUGAAGAAUACUAAAACGAUUCAGACGACGCGUUUUGGUCCUCCUCCUCCUCCUCGUCGUCGCGUGCGUCGUCAAGGAAGUCUUCCGCCGUCGCCGGGCUUUUGUUCGAUGAUAUCUAAAGGAGGGAAGAGUUUGUUACCGAAUUUAAUUGAUGAAAAAGCGGAUAAGAGAAACGUGACGGCGAAAGCGUCUUCUUCAUCAUCAUCAUCUUCAUCGUCGUCGAUAAAACCCGAUUUCGAGGAAGGAGAUGAUGAGGAAAAAAUCAUCCUCUAUUCCCAACGAUGGGUUCAACUCGGCUAUCUCGCCUGUUUAGCGUUGAUUUCCGAUUGGGUGUGCUUUUCAGUUGCGGCAACGCCGGGGACCUGGGAUUCGAUUUUUCAUCGAAGUCCGGAAACGUUGAUCGACGUGUUUUUAUUUACGAACGUCGCGUUUUGUUUCUUGGAGCCGCAGAUUGUCGGGAAGUUUGGUUUGCGAAACGUCGUGGUGAGCGCGGCGGCUUUGAUGACGUUUGGGUGCGCUUUACGGUCGGGAUUAGAGUUUAACGAUUUCAUUCCGUUCGCGUCGUUUAUGCCUUCGUAUACCGAAGAAGUGGUAGGCACUGUUUUAGUUGGAGCUGCGCAGCCAUUUUUUCAAUGCACACCUACUUUAUUGUCGUCGAGGUGGUUCGGCAAAGACGAGAGAGCGUUAUCGACGUCGAUCGCGAUAAACGCGAACCAGAUUGGCAUAGCGGUCGCCUUCCUCGUCGGCGGAUUGAUGGGACAAACCAACGAAGGUUUAAAUGGGUAUUUUUCGUUGAUUACUUUACUGAGUGGAAUCGUGACUAUUGGCGCGUUCAUACAGUUUCAAGAGAAACCACCGACGCCGCCGAGUUUAUCGCAAAUGCAACAGGAAAAAGAGAGAAAACGUAGAUGCAAAGCCGAAGAGGCAUCGCGCGACGUCGACGCGUCGCAGAAUAUGGGCAAAGACGAGUUAGCCGAGUUAAAUUUCCCGGCUUUAUGUAAACGUUUGUUGAACACGCCGGGAUUUUGGCAGCCAACGGCUGCAUUUGUAGCUUCUAUUGCCAUUUCAAACAACGUUUCGGCGUUUAUUGGAACAACUUUAGGGAAAGCGGGGGUGGAAAACGCGUUCGAAGCCGACGAGUUUGGCGCGGCGUUUCAAUUGGCCAUCAUGUUUGGAUCCAUCUUUUUAGGCGGCUACGUCGAUCGGUCCAAGAAGUAUAAACCGGUCUCCUUGGCUUUGAUCAUCCUCUCCGUAUUCCUCUUGAUUCCAAUUGGCGCGGGAGAAGUCAUACCGGACGCGUACGUCCUAUUUAGUUUAGUCCUCCUGGGGUUCACCGUCGGCCCCGUCCAACCGAUUUGUGCCGAGUUGGCCGUGGAAGUCUCCUACCCGGAGGAUGAAAACGGCGUCGUCGCGCUUCAGCAAGUCUGCGGCAACCUCUUCUCGGCCAUCUUAGUCCCCAUCUUAGCCUUCGCGGCACACGGCGACUUACUCUUCGGUAAACUGAGCGGCGACUACGCGAUAUUAAUAGUCUUAGGUUUGGUCACGCUCGGGUACUUCACCACGUUCGACGCGCCUUUGAAACGCUUGGAAGCGGAUAAAGCCGCUUCCGAGUAA